AUGGCUACAGCAGCUAACAUCACGAAAAAACGCAAAUUUAUUCGCGAAGGUGUCUUUCAUGCUGAAUUGAAUGAAUUCUUCACCCGUGAAUUAGCUGAAGAUGGUUAUUCAGGACUCGAAGUUCGUGUUACACCACAACGAACAGAAAUCAUCAUUAUGGCAACUAAAACUCAACAAGUACUUGGUGAAAAAGGUCGCCGUAUCCGAGAAUUAACAUCAGUCAUUCAAAAGCGUUUUGGUUAUCCCGAAAAUUCCAUUGAAUUGUUCGCUCAAAAAGUUGUCUCACGUGGUCUAUGUGCCAUCGCACAAGCUGAGUCCCUUCGUUACAAACUCAUGGGUGGACUUCCAGUACGACGUGCUUGCUACGGUGUUUUACGUUUUAUCAUGGAAUCCGGCGCCCAAGGUUGCGAAAUUGUCGUUUCAGGUAAAUUACGUGGUCAACGUGCUAAGGCCAUGAAAUUCAUUGAUGGCUUGAUGAUUCACUCUGGUGAUCCGGUCAAUGACUACGUGCAAUUCGCUGUUCGACACGUUCUUUUACGUCAAGGUGUACUUGGUAUCAAGGUUAAGAUUAUGUUACCCUAUGACACCAAAGAAGGCAAAGGCGCUAAGAAACCAUUACCUGAUCAUAUCUCGAUUGUUCAACCCAAAGAUGAAACACCCAUCACUACUCCAUACUCGGAACCCAAAGAACGCAAAGCCGAACCAUUCCCUCAACAAAUGGGUCAUCCUCAACAACUACCACCGCAACAACCGCACAUGCAACAACCACCAUUGCAAGCUGGCAUGCCCGGAAGUUACGGAUAUUAG